AUGCCUGUUCAGAUAAGCUUCGGAAUACUUACUGUCAGCGACAGCAGUUAUGCGGGUAAAGGCAAUGAUUCAUCAAGUCCUAAAUUAAAAGAAGAAAUAUUAAAGGAGUUUCCAUCGGCCGAAAUAAGCGCAAUAAAAAUCGUACCAGACGAUUUGCAGGAAAUUAAAUCGACUCUUACAGAAUGGUUCGACUUGAAAAUUAACGUAAUAUUCACAACAGGCAAUCUACCAGACAUGAUCUUUGCUAUGAUCACCAGUAGCUUGAAGAUCAUUCCAAUGGCGAUGAUCUCCAGACCAUUGAGCGGUAUUAGAGACAACACGAUGAUAGUAAAUCUGCCGGGAAGCCCUGAAAUGGUUUCGGAAUGCUUCGGUAUCAUCAAGGAAGCCUUACCCCUCGCUUUGGAGCUCCUAACAGAACAAAAAAAAUCUGUGGUUUCCGGUCACGGAGCCAUUCUGAGCGACUCAGGAGCAUCCGUUGUCCCAACCACCAGCCUUAGUAAGGUGAAACUGGCUCCAUUAAGAAAAUACUACUACCCUAUUAUCGAUGUUGAAUUUGCUUCUGAUUGUAUUAAGGAUGUUUGUUCUGAUAAAGAGGAAACCACAGAAACGGUGCCUUUGAAGAGAUCGCUGAAUCGAAUUUUAGUAGAAGAUUUUCGUGCUGAAGAAUCGAUUCCUUCAUUUGCAACUUCGAUUAUAGAUGGUUACGCAGUUAAAUCGAGCAAUGGCAAAGGAAUACGUGUUGUGAAGAAUGUCGCAACUGCAGAAAAUAAGCCAAUCGAUGAAGUUCUACAGUCAGGCGAAGCGAUAAGAAUAUCGAUGGGAGAUCCAAUUCCUGCGGGAGCAGACGCAGUGGUACCAUUGGAAGAUACAUCAGUUGUUGAAUAUUCGAUUGAUGGUUCUGAAGUAAUUAAGGUGAAAAUCAAAAGAGCACCCAACUAUAAUGAAAACAUAAGAAUAAUCGGAAGCGACGUAUCGAAGAAUUCUUUGGUUUUAAAAAAAGGCGAACGUAUCAAACAUUUCUCUCUUGGAGUUUUAGCCAUGUUAGGCAAAACAAAUAUUUUGGUUUAUAAACGCCCUUCUAUAGGAAUCAUAUCAAUUGGCAAUUAUAUUUGUGAACCUAAAGAAGAACUAGCCCCUGGCAAAAUCAGAGAUGCAAAUAGAUUCACCUUAAUUAAUUUGCUUAAAAAUUUCCAUUAUGAAGCAAACGAUUGUGGUAUAGCUAAAGACAAUCCUGAUGCAAUAAAGCAUGCUCUUGAACAAAGUUUUACUUGUAACGAUGUUAUUAUAACGAACAGUUUAAUGGGAGAAUUGGACAUGUUGAACGGGUCCUCGUCGAAGAUUUUCAAGCUACUAUACAUUUUUGCAGGAUAA